GACCUAGAUCUAUUUUAACUUGCCCCCCUUUUUUUCUCAUAAAAAAAAUCAACAACCAACCGCUAAAAUUUGGGGGGGAACAGCUUUCGCCCUGGAGCGGUGCGCGAUGCUCUCACACGCCGACCUCCUGGACGCCCGGCUCGGAAUGAAAGACGCCGCCGAGCUGUUGGGCCACCGGGAGGCCGUGAAGUGCCGCUUGGGCGUCGGAGGCUCGGAGCCCGGAGGCCACCCGGGGGACCUGGCGCCCAACUCGGACGCGGUGGAAGGGGCCACGUUGCUACCCGGAGAGGACAUCACCACGGUGGGUUCGACGCCGAGCGCGCUGGCCGUGAGCGCCAAAGACCCCGACAAGCAGCCCGGGCCGCCGCAGAACCCCAGCCAGGCCGGACCGCAGCAGGGCCAGCAAAAGCAGAAACGGCACCGGACGCGCUUUACCCCGGCUCAGCUCAACGAGCUGGAGCGCAGCUUCGCCAAGACCCACUACCCGGACAUCUUCAUGCGCGAGGAGCUGGCUCUGCGCAUCGGCCUCACCGAGUCGCGAGUCCAGGUCUGGUUCCAGAACCGACGGGCCAAGUGGAAGAAGCGCAAGAAGACCACCAACGUGUUCCGCGCCCCCGGCACGCUGCUGCCCACGCCCGGCCUGCCCCAGUUCCCUUCCGCCGCCGCCGCCGCCGCGGCAGCCAUGGGCGACAGCUUGUGUUCUUUCCACGCCAACGACACGCGCUGGGCCGCGGCCGCCAUGCCGGGGGUGUCGCAGCUGCCCCUGCCGCCGGCCCUGGGCAGGCAGCAGGCCAUGGCGCAGUCCCUGUCGCAGUGCAGCCUGGCGGCGGGCCCCCCACCCAACUCCAUGGGCUUGUCCAACAGCCUGGCGGGCUCCAACGGCGCCGGCCUGCAGUCGCACCUCUACCAGCCCGCUUUCCCUGGCAUGGUGCCCGCUUCCCUGCCAGGCCCCAGCAACGUGACGGGCUCGCCGCAGCUCUGCAGCUCCCCGGACAGCAGCGACGUGUGGCGGGGCACGAGCAUCGCCUCCCUCCGCCGGAAAGCGCUGGAGCACACAGUCUCCAUGAGUUUCACCUAAUGGCGCCCCCACCUUCCCAGCCAGCAACCUCUCCCAGCCGCGCCUCCCGUUUUCCCGCCUUUUUCUUCACCUCCGUCCGGCCUCCCUGCUCUGACCCGAGCGGAUCGCCUCGUUCCCGCCAUUUUUUCCCCACCUUUUUAACCUAAAAGAGGAGGGGGAACCACUCACUUACCAGGGAGCCGACUCAGGAUCUGAAACCAAUGGGCUAGUUUUGUGGGGGAGAGAAAGACGCAAGUAAGGGCGCGCACACACACACACACACACACACGCGAUCUCCGGUGAGCAACCCGGGCAAGUUCGAGCUGCAAAGGCGGAGACGGAGCCAACGCGUGUCUUAAUUAAGAUUUAAGAAAUUCCUAUCCUAAGGACUCAGCGGACCUCGCUUAAGUUCUGUCGAAGUUGCUCCCCGACCUACUCCUCACCCAGAUCCACAGGAAAACGAUAGAUAUAUGUGCGUGCGUGCGUCUGUAUAAAGUAUAUAUGUAUAUACACACAUGUACGUGUACAUGUAUACACACGUAUGCAUGUGUGUGCGUGUAUACAUACAUACAUACAUAAACAAUAGCCACGUUUUUUGCAGGGGUUUUGAUAGCAGGUUUUUGAACGGGCGGCCGAGCUCGACCUUCGGGCGGGCGCGGUGGCGGCGGUGAGAACAGUGGCGAUGACGUGAAUCGUCCAGGGAAAACAGCCCAUUUGAUAACCCUUUUUAAGCGACGGGAGUCGAAUUCAAAUGAAUUUUUUUUUUAAAGGCGGCACAGAAACCUCCGCCCCUUCUUUUCCCGUCCUUCCCAUUUUUGAUGGGCUAUUUAAUUUCUAGGGCGAUCCCGUUUCAGCUUUGGCGCCCCUCAUUUUUUUCGCUUUGUUUCGGCCGCAGCCCCGCGCCCUCUCGGAGCAGCGGGCGAGCGACGCCUGGCUAGCGUGGACCCGAGAGACCUCCAAUCUGGCGAAGACUUUGUACAGAUACAGCAAGCCGCUAUUUCUCCCCCCUUUUCUGCAUGUGCUGGUCCAAAUCCAGAGAACAGAAGCUGUUUCGAAGAAUGAACCCACGGUGAAAUAGGAUGUUUUGUGUAGAUAAAGCAUUCUUGUUACAUACUGGUCGAUUUGUGAUAUGUUUUAAAAAAAAAUACUGUCUGUGCUUAUUUAUUAUGGAAUUUUGGGUUUCUUAAUAAAUGUUUGAGCCUAUUACAAACCUAUGAUUUGACUUUUCCCAGCGAGUUGGCACCACAUUAAUGUAAAUGGAUAAAUAAACUCAUUUGCUAAGCGCGUAGUGGGAACCACGGUUGUGAGAUAAGAGGUAUUUUAAAACGAGUGAGCAAAUAAUUCAUCCCCCCCCCCAGUUUGGAAUGGGGAGAAUUGUCACAUGUUUUGGGAAUAGUUGGCUGAUUUUGCAGUGAAGCUGCAGCAUUCCUUAAUUACAAUUUCAAUAAACCGCUUGAUCUCUUUGUGUCAAAUGACUUAGUAUAAGAAGCAAGGUUCUAAUGGAAAUAGCAGCAGCAAGAAGUAUCUGAAUCUAAAACAAGCACUUGCUUGCUUGAUGCACAUAUAAGGGUUACAAUAAAAAUGGCAAAUACCCAAGUUCCUUUGUUCUGGUGGUGAACCAUUUGCAACAAAUAAUAUUUUUCUUGGUAAGUUCUGAGCAAAACAUUUGAUCAGACCAAGCUACCAUAGAGGACACAAGGCAUUCAAUAGGAAAAAAGCCUCUUCAGAUUUCUUAAAAAUAAUAUUGCUUGUGUAUAUUUCAUGUGGAUUACGAACUCUGUGAACGACAGAGAGAAAAACAGAAGCCACCUUUUGUGACUAUAUUGGUAGUAAAAAGGGCAAAUAUUAAGAUGGUAGGCUUAAAUAAUGUCCCAUUUUUUAAAAUCUUAAAUUGAGUAAAGAUUGGAGGGAGGGUGAAAUGAAAUUGAAUGUACUCGGGAAAACAGAAGGUACAUUUGCCAUUCAUCUUUUUCCUGGCUCUGGAAUUAGUGCCUGUUCUGGUUGCUGAGACUUGCUGCCACGGCAGAAGAUGCUCACUUCCCUUCCUUGCGCUUUUGCAAAGUUGGUCUCAGAAAGGCCAAGUGAGGUUGCCAGGCACCAGGCAGAAAAGGACUCUGUCCUAUUAAUGGGAUGCGCUCACUUCGUUUAUGUCUGCACAUCAAUUACACAUUUCUUAAUUACACACUGGAGGAUGCCAUGUCCGGGAGCCUUUCACAGGAGGGCAUUGCUGGCUCCCAGCGAGCAUCACCCAGGAUACACACACACACACACACACAUAGAGUAAUAAUUUUGCUCCCCCCCUCAAUAUUUUAAGGAAUUUUUAAUUUCAAAAUGACAACUGUUUAUGAUUAAAUAAUGCCUCUGAAAAAGACGUCUAAUUAAUGUGAGCUUUAUGAUACAGCAUUUAAACAGCCAACACAAAGGCUGAAAAUGUUUCAACAUAAGCAAUCAUUCAAAAAAUAAGUUCUAUAGAUUCCCUAUGCUUCAAGCAAAAAUAUUACCCUUAUGGUACUCCUGAUGACCUACUAUUGCUUUGGAAAAUGGCUACAGUACUCUUGAAAUUUUAAUAUGCUGUUUGUUAAACUGGGAACAGCAUCUUUAUCCAAACAAUGAGUUUAAUGUUUUAAUUAUUUUAAUUAAACAUGCAGCAUCAGAGGAAAUUUGGUCUUGAGUAUACAUUUAGAAGAAUGGUUCUGUUUUGUUUUUUAAUUUUAAAAUCACUUUUGUGUUCUCUUGGGCCAGGAUUCAUUUACUGGUGUACUCUAAUCUCUGUAUUUUUCUAUACUUCAGCUAGGAAUCUCUGAUGGAUUCUAAAUAAUAGCGUAUAUUUAAAUAUUAACCUUGAACACAAUAGUGGUUUUGAAACAUAAUAAAGAGUUCUUAUUUAACCAGGGCCCCGUUUGGUAUUUCCCUAUAAAGAGGCAUCUUUCUAGCCUGCCUUUUGUCUCUUAAUUUAGAUCAUGGUAUCCUUAUCGUGUGCUUUUAUUCCAUUUUUGUGUCUUUUACCUACUUUUAAUGUAUUUUUUUAAAAUAAAAGAAUCUCCCUCUUCUUCGGA